GUAGUCUGCCCGCUAGCUCGUUACAGGAUAGACAAACAUACAUAAUUUGCUGUUGGAAAAAUAUGGCUUCGAAGAGUCAUUCUUUCGAUUCUAACUGCAUGACAUUGACAAGAUUCGUACUUGCCGAACAACGAAAAAUACCAACCGCCACAGGUGAUCUAAGUCAGCUUCUAAAUAGUAUACAAACUGCUGUAAAAGCAGUCAGUUCAGCAGUUAGAAAAGCCGGUAUUGCAAACAUGUAUGGGAUAGCUGGUAGUCAAAACGUUCAGGGAGAGGAAGUGAAAAAAUUGGACGUGCUAAGCAACGAGUUGUUCGUGAACAUGUUGACAUCCUCUUUUACGACCUGCCUUCUUGUUAGUGAAGAAAAUACAAACGCGAUUGAAGUGGAAACUGAAAAAUGCGGAAAAUAUAUCGUAUGCUUCGAUCCGUUGGAUGGAUCGUCCAAUAUCGAUUGUUUAAUAUCGGUCGGCUCUAUAUUUGGAAUUUACAAGAAACCGAACGAGCCGAGACAGCCAGCACUGAUGACAAAUGCUUUACAACCGGGUAAAAAUUUAGUCGCUGCUGGAUACGCACUUUACGGUUCUGCAACCAUGAUAGUACUUUCGAUUGGCCACGGAGUUAAUGGCUUCACUUACGACCCGGCGAUCGGAGAAUUUAUUUUGACCGAGAGAAAUAUACGCGUGCCAUCGAGAGGAGAUAUUUACAGCAUUAAUGAAGGACACGAGAAUGCUUGGGACGUAGCUAUCAAGGAAUAUAUCCGUUCGAAGAAAUAUCCUAAGAAUGGGAAACCAUACAGUGCAAGGUAUGUGGGUUCAAUGGUCGCUGAUGUGCACAGGACAAUAAAGUAUGGAGGGAUAUUUCUUUAUCCAGCAACUAAAAGUCACCCAAGUGGCAAGCUGCGUCUUCUGUACGAAUGUAUUCCAAUGGCUUACAUAUUAAAAGAAGCCGGUGGUUUGGCGUCAAAUGGAGAAAUUGACAUUUUGGAGAUCAUCCCUGAAAAGAUUCACCAAAGAUCCCCGAUAUUUUUGGGAUCACAGGAAGAUGUGCAAGAAGUCUUACAAUGCAUUCGAAAACACAAGGCAUCGUGAAAAACGGCGGGCAGGAAAUAAUCGAGCGAUGAAGAAAUGUUUUGGAGUUUUUAUCAGAAGACAUAACUUGCUAACACGUUGAAAGUCUAUAUCGUUAUAUGUAUAUUGUAAAUCAAGGUUACAAAGCUGCAUUUCUUCGUGCAGCGAAUGUCAUAUCUUUUUUCCUCUAAAUUUCAACUUUAUUUUUUUCUUACAUUUUGAUCACCUCCUUAUUAAAAAGCAGUUUUGACGUACAUACUAUACAUUAUUCAGUAUCUGUAUCCUUCGUUACUUGUGGAUCCUCCUCCAGUGACUCUUGGAGCUGGAGCUGGAUAAGUAGCUGUCCCUUCGUAUCGUACUAUUGGCCGAUAGCCACCACCGUCGGCAACAUAGUCGACGAUUUGUGUUCUACCAUCUGGCAAUAGCACGUGAUAAGUUCCAGUUGCUUCAUCGUCUUUUCGUGACUCGCGAUGGCCAAAGUUUAGGCCAGCUACUGCGUCUUCCACUUCGUACGAGAAUUCGUAAUUUACCGGAUCCUGCGAAAGCGAGAGAGAAAAAGAAAAGAAAAAAAAACACGGAAAAAGGUACUUAUACAGAUCACAGAUAAAAUCAUCGAGAUACGAAUCUUUUACAUUUUAUGCGACGAA